AGUUCAUAGUCAUUGCUUUCUCUCAUUUUCUUUUAUCUCCAUUAGGGCUAAAAAAUGGCACCCUGUACUGAAACCCAGAUAUGGAACUCUUAUUCAGCUUUUGAUGAUGAAAUACCCACUGUUGAUUACUCUCUCCUGUUUUCUCAUGACCCUGCUCAACGAUUCAUGGCCCUCGAAUUCCUUCGCCAUGCCUGCGAAGAAUUUGGCUUCUUUUAUCUAGUAAAUCAUACAAUCCCAGACGCGGUUUUCGACGGCAUUUUGAAGGGAAUAUCUAAUUACUUUGAUCCAACAACUUUAAAUGAAAGAAAUAUCUACAGAAAAAAGGGGCCAUUAGAUACAAUCCGAUGGGACCAAAACUCCUCUUCCGGUGAAAACAGGGAAUAUCUCAAGUUGUUUGCGCACCCCAAAUUCCAUGCUCCGGCCAAGGCAUCAGGUUUUAGCAAAAUUAUAGAAGAAUACUCCAAAGAAAUGAGAAAAUUAGUGGAUGGAUUAGCAAAGGCUAUUUCUAAAACCUUAGGGUUUGAAGAACACUACAUAGAAAAGGCAUUCAACUUGAAAUCAGGGUUUGAUGUGAUGGCCAUGAAUCUUUAUCCACCAAAUUCAACAUCAAAGGGGCCUGUUGGUCUUCCUGAACACACUGACCCUGGAUUUAUGAUCACACUCAUCCAAGAUGUAAAUGGUGGUCUCCAAAUCCUGUCACAUAAAGGAAAAUGGAUUAACUCUUAUAUUCCACAUCAUGGUAUCCUCAUUCAGCUUGGUGAUCAUCUUGAGAUAUUGACGAAUGGGAAGUACAAGAGUCAUAUCCAUCGAGUGAUUGUUGACAACAACAAGGUUAAGAGGAUCUCCGUGGUGAGCCUUCAUGGACCAUCCUUGGACAAAGUCAUCAGCCCAGGGAGAGAGUUUGUUGAUGAUGAACACCCAAAGGAAUACCAUGGGACCACCUACAAGGCUUCAUUGGAAGCCAAUGGAUGUGAUCUCAUAGAUGUGCAAUCAUCACUUCAAGAUCUGAGAAUACUGAAACCCUAGACUAUGUUAUUUGCCAUAUUUGAUAUCAAAUAAGCGAAUGAAAAAAGAUCAUUCAAGUCUACGACUUUUGUAAAAAGCAAAAAGUCUCAAAUUAGUGCAUGAGUGAAAAGUACUUCUAUUAUCAACACUUCUUGCCAAGUAUCUUAUAAUUCUCUUCAUACAAUUCCAAGAGUGUUAGAGAGUUUAACAAACCAUGGUCUAGGAGAUUGUCUAAUCCCAUACAAUGAUUGCAAAUUUGUUUAGUGUCACCUUGAUGAAAUCCAGGAGCUUGCUUCAUAAACACAGUUUCAGUUAAAUCUCUAUUUACAAGGGUGUUAUUAAAAUCAAAUUGUCGAAUCUGCCAACUAAAAGAAAGAGCAACAGUUAGCACAACUCUAAUAGUUGUAGGAUUAAUGACUAGAACAAAGACUUGGUCAAAGUCCAUGC